CAACACAGGACGCCAGACUUUGGUGAUCAGCCAGGUAAAUCAAACAGGAAGUAGAAUUCAUCAAACCGAAAGUACUUCCCAACCUCGGGAGAAUAUCGGGGCGAGGGCCAUGAAUUUCUUCAUAUGGAGUACAUAUCGGAAUCCAAAGUGAAAAAUCCGGUUUCUAACACAGGCAAUGGCCACAUCAACCACCUGGACACAGGAGGUUAUCACCUGUGACCUUUGUGUCAAGCCUACCCAGCAGUUCUGUAACAACUGUCAACUCAGUUUGUGUGUGGACUGUAUUAGUAAACACGUGGUCAAGCUCAAGUACCAACAACAUGACAUCGUUUAUUUCAAAGACAGAAAGAUACAACUUGUUUUUCCUGAAUGUGAAUUUCACUCCAGCCAGAGAUGUGAGGCCCACUGCCAGCAAUGUGAUGUUCCCGUUUGCCUGAAAUGCAUACUUGAUUCCCAUAAUGGACACAGAUAUAAAGACAUGUCUGAUAUUUUCAACAGCAAGAAAAAGAAACUUGAAAAGGAAACCAAAGAAAUUGAGUCCAUCAUUAUUUCACAGUACAAGGAGAAAAAUGAAGAAACGGAAAGCAAAAUAUCCAUUAUAAUGGCCGAAUUUGAUGAAUUGAACAAAGAAAAAGAAAAGUACAGAAAAUUCUGGCACCAAGAAGUAGACACCAUUUUCAAUAAUCUCGGUUCUUUGAUGAAGUCCAUAAAAGAGAAUCUCCUGGCUGCUCUAACCUCUCACCAUUCCAAAAUCAAAUAUCAAAUUCCAAACAUGACCCAAACAGUUCAACAAAACAAAGAAAUUCUGAAGUCAAACAAUGUGUCUGCAGUCACCAACUACAAAUCCAAACUCCAGGAAUACAGGAACAUGCCUACUGAUAUUAAUGUCAAACUGCCAUUACUCAAAACCAACACAGUCCAAGGGAGAGAACUCAGCCUGGAAUUAGGAGAAUACAAGGCUUGCCUGACACAGACAACACUGUCCAGUCUGACAGAAGAAGUCACCUAUUUAUCUUUACAAAAGCUGUUUGAGCAAGCCAAAUCAAUUACAACCAUUCCUACUGGACUUAAUCCUCUAUUCCAUGUUGCCUGUGUGGGAGUGGAUGAAGCCUGGGUUUGUGGUAAAGAUAAAACCUUAAGAUAUGUUGACAUACACGGGUAUGUACGGGACAUUGUCACCACCAUAUGUCAAUACUGGCCGAAUGGCAUCACAGUUACCAGAAAGGGAGAGCUGGUAUACAGUGAUCAUCACAAUAGAACUGUGAACAUUGUCAGACACGGGAGAACAGAGGCACUAAUAACAACACCACAGGGCUGGCGUCCAGGUCAACUAUGCUGUACUAAGUCAGGGGACAUCCUGGUCAGUAUGUAUACUUCUGAUUAUAGCCAAAAUAAAGUUGUUCGUUAUCAGGGACAUACAGUCAAACAGGAAAUAGAUAGCGAUAAAGAUGGGGAACCAAUCUACAAAGGAGGGGAAUACUCACUGUGUGUGGUGGAGAACAACAAUGGAGACAUCGUGGCCUCUGAUCUUAAUUCUGACACCGUGGUCGUGGUGGACAAGUCAGGAAUAGUCCAAUUCCGAUACGACGGUACACCAGCCAGAAGGAAGAAGUCAUUUAAUCCUGCACAUAUAGUGACAGACUCCAUGAGUCAGAUCAUUGUGGCAGAUCUCAACAAUGACUGUCUACACAUCCUAGAUCAGAACGGACAGUUCCUGAGAUGUGUGGACAAUUGUGGACUAGAUAAUCCUCAAGGAUUGAGUGUGGACAGUGAGGGGAGGUUGUGGGUAGGGUCACAUGAUUCAGGAGAAGUUAAAGUGAUUCAGUAUAUGGAAUAAACACAAAAUAUCACAUACAGACAUCAGAUAAUGACAGAAUUCACACAGUGCUCUUGAUACAUAUCGUUGACUGCCCUAUUUCGGUGACUGACCAGAAUUGGGAACCUUUUGUUUACGUGUGCGCGUUGUCGUUUCCGGGUGUUAAUUAUGUCAUCAAUUUUGCCGUAGUGUUUGCAAACAUACACAGAGCACGUCUUCAAUUUUUUUUCCGAAAAUGAACUACAAGAAAGAGAAUAUGCCAAAAAUCAACACCAGCACCCCCAAAAUCACCGCCGCUAGCCAAGAGUUUACGAUCCGAUCCGCUUCUCUACAAACCCUUGGCAGAUUUAGUGCGAUUUUCGUAGCUUUGAGUGGCGCCCUUUAGCGGAUGGAGAAAACAAUCUUGUAUUACAUCAUGCUUAAACAAUGAAAACGCGUGUUUCAGCUACUGUUUAAAAGUUGUUUAGAAAUAGCUGCUUUCGUUGUUUAGAAAUGGCUGCGCUCAGAGAGUAACACAAUGUGGUAUACAAAUCAUUCAAAAUAUCAAUAAUAAAUUUAACUAUCUCUUAAUUGCAUACCUGAAAAAGAAAUCAGUGAGAACAUUAUUUAGAAAAUAAACAUGUGUAAACCCAAGAAAUAUGUAGUCGUUGAGUCUACGUCUAAAAAUAACCCCACGUAUGUCAGGUGUAUUCCAAAUUGAGGAAAACAGCUCUGACGCAACUGUCUAAAUCUGGGAUAGAUAGAAGAUAAAACAACGAAUUACAAGAGAUGCUUUAUAUUAAACUUAUGGUACGGUACUGUAGUAAAUAAAAUGCAUUUUUUUUACGCAGAUACGAGUCUGAACUGCACACGUGGCAUCAUUGGUUUGGAUAUGUAUUUGAUACACGGCCGAGCGACAGUUGCAGGUAUUUAAAUUCAUUUGUUUUGCACGUGGACUUUCCCUGCGUCCAAUCAUAUGCUGAAGGUUGAGGCUACGAAAAUCGCACUAAAUCUGCCAAGAGAAACGGAGCGGAUCGUAAACCCUAAGCUAGCGAAGCUGCCCAAUAAUAAGCCCAUUUACUUAUUAAUUUUUCAAGCAUACCUUCAAAUUAAUAUAAAGUAUAACAAAAGUCUAGAAAUCUACACUAUGUUAUUUUAUUAAUUGACGUUUAGUUGUACAUUCCUGCUGUAUAUAUACCUUUUUACAGUUACAAACUUUUGGCAAACUUACAUGUAUAUUAACAAUGGUCACCGAAAUAAGUGACGUCGACGUUUUAGGAGCACAAAAUGACAUGUUUUUGUUAUGAAAAUAUAUUCAAUUAAUGUACCAAAGGAUUUGGAAUUUUUGGAUGAAAGUAAAGGAAUUUAAUUACUUUAAAGGUAGGUGUAUUGUUUAUUUAUUUGAUCCAAGUGAUUAAUGAAGAAAUCACAGUUUAUCACUAAGGUAACCGAAACUGGUCAGUCGAAGAUACAUGUUUUAGUGAUAUUUACACAACGUUUUCUUAUGUAUUUAUUCAAAGAUUUUUGUCAAAAUGAAAUUCAAACAUUGCUAAAGAAUAUUUAUGUGGAUCUGCUUUUUCUAAUCUUAAGACAUUUACUCCAAUACCUAGUGUCACAUUUCUCAUCAAAAGACAUUUACUCCAAUACCUAGUGUCACUUUUCUCAUCAUAAGACAUUUACUCCAAUACCUGGUGUCAUUUUUCUCAUCAUAAGACAUUUACUCCAAUACCUAGUGUCACUUUUCUCAUCAUAAGACAUUUACCCCAAUACCUGGUGUCAUUUUUCUCAUCAUAAGACAUUUACUCCAAUACCUGGUGUCACUUUUCUCAUCAUAAGACAUUUACUCCAAUACCUAUAGUGUCACUUUUCUCAUCAUAAGACAUUUACUCCAAUAUCUAGUGUCAUUUUUCUUUUGAUCUGAAUACAUGACAAGAUUCUACUGACCAGCAGACCAUACAAUGUUUGUUUUCCCAUCAGUCACAGAAUAGACCUUUUUUUUUAACUGGAAUUGCACAAUUCGCUGCAAUACAUAUAAACGUUGUUUCGAAAGAAAAAAUUCAAAGAACAUUUCUCGACCUUGGAGGUUAUCCUGCAUCAUCCACGAAAACAAGAAUUUUAUUUCUAUUCUACUCAUGAAAAAUAUACAAAAUAUACAGCAGUUUUGUUGUUGUUUUUUAUAUACCGUAUAUAGUCACCUACACUGUAUAAGUCGGAUUUUUGGGAGUUAAAAAUUGGUCCAAACUCUCUAUCCGACUUAAUUAUAGGCGAGUCCAGAGAAGAUAAGCAUUUUUCUGGACAGCGUAGGGUAGGAUAUUUUUUAAACAACUUCGUACUCUGACGAUUAUCAUGAUUAAAGUUGACUGGACAUAUUAUAUUAUUCAUGUAUUCUAAGAUUACAUUGUAUAUGCAUAAAGUACAAGUAUUUAACAUAUUCUAAUGAUUUCAUUGAUCUUAAGUGUAUAUUAUUGAACUUGAUUUGUUGAGAAAAUGAAUAAAUAUCAGCGCAUUUCACGAAAUAUUAUUUGAAACAGGUGAAAACGUUAGGAAUUGUCAACCAAUUCUUGAAAAAACUUAUGCCGACUUAUAAGCGGAUCAAUGGCAAAUCCCUCGAAAAUAGCCUACAAAAUAUACAACUGACUUACAGGCGGACCGACCUAUAGGCGAGUUUAUAGACCACUUUUCUUGAUACAUGUCACCUUUGAUUAGCCAAGGCAGCACUUCAGUGACACUCCCCAGUUUUUUCAACUGAGGAAAAACUUUCAAAACGGAAUGCAUGAUUUUACUGACAUAAAAAAUUGAGAUGGUAGGGCCGACGAUUAAUUUCGCCCGUCAUACGAUAUGACGUAUUGCCGAGUGAACUGGGUGAGGCUGAAAAUUUUCAAUGAUUUGGAUCUGCCCUGAUUUGUGAAAGAACCGCAGUCUAAUUGGAAAAGGGUCAACUGCUCUGUGCAAUGCCAUGUUUGUUUACAUGUUUAUUUACAUAUACAUGUGUAUCAAUCUCAGAAUGCAGACAAAUUUCUAUUUUGUGAAAUGUCGAAUAUUUUUCAGUUGUUUAUGAAUUUGUUUAAUUUUUAUGAUAGUGAAAUAAAAUCAUCAGUUAACAAU